AUGAAGAGGAAAGCUGCAACGAGCAAAGAAACAAGUCGCGAAUCUUCACCGAAGCCGAAAGCUGGUUCAAGAGCUCGUUCAACGACAAAUGUAGAAUCAACGGUGGAACAAGAAGUGCAAAGUCGUGAGGGACAAGACGAUGGUGUCGGAGACGACGAUGACGGCCUCAAAGUCUGCGACCAGUUUGCCAUCGCCAUUCAAGAGUGCGGGAUGCCGCUCGGACCCGGCCGAAAACCAAUUACAGCCAGCGACCACUUCGCGAUCGAGCUCGCCAACUUUUGCGAGCAGCAAGCAACUGGCGCCGACAUCAUGCUUCACAUGGAUGCCGGCGAGGUGCCUCCGCCUCUGACCGAGCAACGUGCCUUCCCGGCGCUCGAUGCUUUGCUGGCUCCGCCAAUCGACCACGGCUCCAUCACGUCGCUUUCCACGACCCUCUCCUCGACUUCUCUGCCCUCAACUUCUCUGCCCUCAACCGGCUUCUCUUCUGCUACCGGCCUCGCUUCUGCUGCUUUGUUGACCCUUCCCCCGGUCGUGCAACAGACGCCCGCCAAAUCGCCAGCCGCCGCCCCAACCGCCCAGAAUUUCACCAAGGAGCAGGAAGAUCUUCUCCCUAAUCGUUGUCUACAAUUGCAAUAUCGCCAUCGUGAAUUGUUUUCUGAGUCGACUUUGGGCAAU